AUGGAGGCGACCUUGUAUAAUGCUGCGAUGAGAGGCAAUAUCGGAGAUGGCAAUUUUCUGUUUGCUGAUCAUUUUAAAAGGAAUGAAGAAAACGGCUACCAAGUCACUCCAAAGGGCAACACGGUCCUCCAUGUCACAUCCCUCUAUGGAAACUCCCAUUUCGUGGAAAACGUCCUUAAGAUUACUCCGGCAUUGUUAUGCUAUCAAAACAAGAAAAAUGAAACCACUCUUCACAUAGCAGCUAAUGAAGGGCACACUGAAGUAGUACAUGUGCUACUUGCACGUAUAGAACAUCAUAAUACUAAGGAGAAACUCACGAGGAUGACGGGUACUAGUGGAGAUACAGCCCUGCACAAGGUCGUGCGGAGCCAACAUCUAGAUGUGGUUAAGAUCUUGGUGAAAGAAGAUCCUGAAUUCAAAUUUCCGCCUAACAAUGUGCAGGAGACGCCACUGUAUGUGGCGGCUGAAUCUAGUUUUCAUGAUGCUUUGAUUAACAUCUUAGAAUCCUGCAAGAAACCAAUUUAUGCUGCAGGUCCAUCUAACAGAACGCCGUUGCAUGCAGCAGUAAUUCAGGAACAUAAAAUUGCAUUAGAUCACUAUGGCGUUGGAAUAAGCCUUUAUGCGAGGAACUUGACUUAUGGGACGACAGCAAUUCACAUUGCAGCCAGUGAAGGUGAUGUAAACAUGAUAAAUAAGCUGUUAAAUCACUGCCCCGAUAGUUGGGAUAUGCUUAACAGCAACCAUCAAAAUGAUCUUCAUGUUGUCGUACUGAACAAUCAAGACAAGGUAGUCCACUUCUUAUUAGACUCUGAUAAGUGCGACAGCCUUGUUGAUGAGCCAGAUAGUGACGGUAACACUCCUCUCCAUUUGGUUGUUGUCUCUGGUAACCAUGUGCUUGAAUUAAUAAAACAUUCUAGAGCAAAGCCGAUGUCAUUUAUCAAAUAA